UCGAAUGAAAUGAAAUGAAAGCCAAGGUGAGUGAUUGCUGUGUAUGUGGAGGGAGCUGCUAUGAGGAAGGUGAGGAAGAGAGUACCUGAGGUGCUAUGGAAAUUGUUUGGAAAGCGCGCUCAAAGCCUCGCGGAAGCCUUACUUUCCUUGAUCCCUCCGGCGACGCUUCAAUGCCGCUGCAAGGGCAGUCGGGCUUGUCUUCGAUGCCGCUCCUCCGACACUGAGCGUAUGUCGUUUUUGCUCCGAGAAGACGAUCCAUCCCACUACCGUACCCUCCUCAAUCACUGCUUUGUCGUCCUCUUCCACACUGCGCCAUCUCCUCCUCCUUUCGAUUACCAUUCUCGCUUCUCCCAGAUAGAGCUUGUUAGAAAGACCAUUGAAAUGAUAUUAUCUGAGAACAUAUCCACAAAGAAUGUAAUAUGCACAGGCUAUAACAAGCACAAGCGUUCAAGCACUGCUUUAGAAGCUCUAACGUCAUCCUCAUGGAAUCUGCUUCUAAAGAGGGUAGGAGAUGGGCUCAUGGUUCAUUUAUUGAAACAUUCUUUAAUAUUUAUGCCUCUCAAUAGAAAGAAACAUCAUCAGGUAGCAGGAAUUGCCAUUAAUGACUUAUGCUGGCAACACUUGAAGAAUCACCAGCAUUCAUCAGGUGUUCCUGAGAGGCACCAUAAAGCUGAUUCUGUCUUUAUGAAUAUCGAUAUUCCAGAAAGUUCUCUGAGUUGUCAUGGAGAUUCCACAGUUCGUGUCGACUUAAGUCAAGAAAAUGGAGUCCUGUCUAGGAAGCGAUUAAGAUCACGUGCUUGCAGACGCAAGCGUAAACGUAGGAAGCUUUCGUCUCAGUACACAAAAAGUUCAUUACCUGAGAAGUGUAUGUUAUAUAAUCCACAGAUGAAAUCCCUGUGCUCAUGUUGUUCAGUCUGGCAAACACUACAGAAAGUUUCGACAAAAAAUCAGAUUAAUAAGCGACCCAUGUUAUAUAAAUUGGAACGCACAUCGUCAAUUCUUCCAGAAAAACAUAUAAUUAAUUCUCUGAGGCCUAAUGCUUGUGGUGCAAAUGCUCUGUUCAAGGACAUUUUUGAUGUCUGCUCAGCUCUUCAGCCAACCCAAUGCACUCACAGCAAUGACACAUGCGUCGUUGGAGCGACAUGCCUAUAUCACUCUCUUCACAAGCGGCUCAAGAUUCUUAUACGCAAAGCAAGUCAUUGCCCACGAGUAAAGUUACUGAAUAAGCAUAUCUUGGAUCAAAGCUCCACAUCUGAGCAAUCUUCAGAGUUAUCUUGCUCAAAACGCCAGGUGGUGUCGUUUGUAUGGGCUGCUUGUAUGAACAUUAUCCCCCGGGAACUGCUUGGAAAUUGGAGGAUUCUAAGGAAGAAUAUAUCUAAGUUCAUCAGGCUACGGAUAUACGAGAAGUUUUCUCUACAUCAGUGCAUGUAUAAACUGAAAAUAUCAGACUUUCAGUUCCUAUCAGCUAUCUGCAAUUCGGGUAUCAUUCGGAAGCUUCUAGAAAGAUGGACAUAUUGGGUGUUUGCGUUCAUUGUAGUGCCGUUGCUGCAAGCUAACUUUUAUGUAACUGAAAGUGAGCAUGGGAAGUUACAAGUGUUCUUCUACGAGAAAUCAGUCUGGGAAAAACUGAUGAAAACCUCAAUUGGAUGCUUAAAGGAUGAAUGUUACAGGUUGGUAAAUGUGACUUCUGUUAAACAAAUAGUGAGUUGUAGAAGAUUUGGUUUCUCUAGGGUUAGAUUCCGGCCAAAAGCUAACGGAAUACGACCACUGGCUAAUCUUAAAUCGUCAUCGCGACUGCAAAUUUCACAUUCUAUUAAGGAAUUCAAGGCCGUAAAUGUCGUUCUUCAGGAUCUACAUGCCGCCUUAAAAGAUGUGCAAAUUAAAGCUCCUGAAAAAUUAGGUUCGUCAGUGUUCAGUUACAAUGACGUGCACAGAAACUUGAGGAAUUUUAUAUCUCGAGUAAAAAGCGGAUCCAGCACGUUGCCUCGCAUGUAUAUGGUUGUCGCUGAUGUUCAAAAAGCUUAUGAUUCCAUCGAUCAGGAUAAACUGCUUCAUCUGAUGAAAGAUGUUAUAGUGGAUGAUCAUCUCCUGCAUCAAACACACCAAAUUAUCGCCUCAAACCAACAUUUUCAAGUGCUUCCAUACAUCAAUUUGUGUAAACAGUUCCGAUCUCAUGCUCAGAGUCACUCAUCUCAUAGCAUUAUUCUCGAUCAGGGAAGAAGCAGAAUAGCAGCGAAAGAUGAUCUCCAUUUUAAUCUUCAACAACAUGUGAAGAACAACCUGCUGUAUAUAGAUCAAAGAUUUUACCAGCAAAAUGUUGGCAUACCACAAGGAAGCAUUUUGUCUUCAUUACUCUGCUCAUUCUACUUUGGACACAUGGAAACUACCAAACUGGUUCCAUUUUUAGACAAGAUAACCAAAUCUGAUUUCAUGCUGCUUAGGUUUAUCGAUGAUUUUCUUUUUAUAUCAACCUCAAAGAAACUAGCCCUUGGGUUCUUUUCCAGGCUAGAAAGAGGAUUCUGCGAGUACAACUGCAGCAUGAACAAAGAAAAAUUCGGUUUAAGUUUUGACUUUGGCCAAAUAAAGUCAAAAUUAAACUGGUCCGAUUUCGAUGGAAAUGGUAAUAAGUUUGUUAGAUGGAGUGGUUUGCUCAUCAAUUGCAAGACUCUAGAAGUUCAGGCAGACUACACAAGGUACCUGAAUGCCCAUUUAAGAUCCACUCUUACAGUGUGUUGGCAAGGGAAUCCUGGUCAACAUUUCAGGAAAAAAAUGUGUGAUUAUUUGCGACCCAAAUGUCACCCCAUCUUUUAUGAUUCAAAUAUUAAUUCAGCAGCAGUUGUCAGGUUGAAUAUCCAUCAAGCGUUUCUUCUAUGCGCGAUGAAGUUCCAUUGCUACGCAUGUGAUUUAUCUGACAUCUGUACUUUUGACUCCAGAUCUUAUUUGGACAUCAUCUGCAAGUCUCUGAGUUUUGGAGUUGGGGGUCUCACCGGAAGCAGCCUCUUUAUCCCUUGGGAUAGAGUCUUAUUUUUCAGGUAUAUGUAUAGGCUUAUGAAGAGAAGAGUGUUUUCCAUGCAAGUCGAUCCUGGUUUACGGCCAUUUAUUAGAGUGAGAAGGAGGGAAGUUGACUGGCUUGGAUUAACCGCUUACGUUGAAGUCCUAAAGCGAAAGCAAUCACGAUACAAUGAACUAUUAUAUUUAUUGGAGUUGAAGUUGAAAUCGGUUACCAUUGAAUCACCGGACUUAAAGUCUGCUGCUGAUAAAUCCAACUCCUCGGUACUAUGGAAAAUAAAGUACUGAAACCACAUUUUAUCGUGGUUUUGGAUUGUUUUGCUUCAAGGGAUCAAAUGUUUUAGUACAAUGAAUUGAAACUUAAUUCCUUCAAGUUUGUUUCCAAACGAGCUUUGCAUUACAACAUUUAAGUUAUUAAUUAUUUUAAGUUAACGUGACAUGUUCACUUGCUUAAA